UGAAAACGUACUGAACUGAAAGUCGUGAUCACUUCACGCUUUAAAAUCACUGAUAUCAAAAAAUCACGGUAUCAAAUCGCUCAUUACUAAACUAGAACACGCAAGCGCCUUUGUGAAAAUUCAAGCACGUCGUUUCUUAUUUCAGCUAAAUAUACAGCGCUGCCGUAACAUACUUUUAUGUUAAUUUAUUGUGUUUUUUAUUAAUUUGUUGUUCAGUCUCGGUACUAGUCAUAAUAGCAGCAUUCAUAUCUACAUAAUUUUGUUUACAAACUUUUUGCUAUGCCAUCGAUAAAUAUCUGGAAAGUGGAAGAGGACUCAUCAAAAAUUAAAUAGCCGGCAACACUGUUCAAUUAAUUUUCCUCAAAUACAAAUUGUACAGACGUACGUCGUCUCUGUCUGUGUUUUUUGUCUAUCGAGUCUGUGGGAUUUCCCCAAAUUGCAUUUUUCAUUUAUAUGGUGUAUUUGCAACAUUGUAACGUUGUGAUUUGGUGAAACACAGAGGUGUGUGAAUUUGAUUAAAACGAUCCGUAAUGAGUCCAACCUUAUCAAAACUCACUGCUGAAGGAAAGAUUGGUAAAACUAAUUCAAGACGUUCUCGCAUACGGAAAAUGGGGAACUACGUUACGGAUUACGAUCCAAGACUCAGUUACUAUAUAAAAUCAGGCUAUGAGAUAAUGGGGGAACGUUUCGAACUUGUGGGCUUCGAAGAGGAAAACCAAUACCCUGUGGUUAAAAGCGAUUUUAUUGUCAAGGAAAGUAAAAAAGAGCCUUCAGACUGUUUGAAUAAAAAAUCUGGAGAAAAAUGUAGCAAUAAAUUGAAAAAAGGCAAAACACUCAAACUAUUAUUGGUGCCUACUUGUGACCAAUUACCGAAACAAAAUGUAUGUUCGAGUAAGGCAGUAGGCUCCGUAACGAGUCCCGCCAAACCCCUAGUGAACAAUAAUACUUCAAUAAACCAAAAUAAAGAUCUGUUAGUCUCCCUACCACAACUGAUAAGGCUCGAACCAGCUCCUGCUAGCAUUAAUGAUAACAUGCAAACAAUUAAAUUGAUAAGAAAACAAAAACCCGCUACAGUUAGUAGUAGUUUGGAAUCGAGUCCUGAUGAUCUUGUGAAACCCCCCGAUGUAGAAGAACCACUUCUUUUAGGUGGCAACAAUAAUCCGAGAAAACUUUUGUCAGCAAAAAAUUUGGCAAUAUUAUCACAAGCCAAAAUGCAAGCUCUAAAUUUAUCAAUGAAAGAAAAAGCGGGAUUUGUUAGCAUAGGAGUGCAAACUGAAAAAGUUAUUGUUGACAACCAAGAUCAAGAGGUGCAAACAGAGCCCGAAACUCCAUGCAACAAACCAAGCAUCGAUACUCGUUCCUAUACUUAUGAGGACUCAUUUGCACUUAAUAAUUCAGAUGAAUUUGAGGACGGCCCACUGCUGAAUGAUGUUAACUUGGGUAGCGGUCCCAUGUUUCCAGUAUUGGCAGUUAAUUUCAAUAAUACAGGACAUGGUAUUAAUGGUGAACAUGAUUGGCAACUUUCUGCAGAUGGUUAUAUGAAUCAUUUGAUGAAUAAACCGAUGAUGUUUUUUAGAGAUCUUAGAGAAUGUUUGACCUAUGAUAUUGAAGGAAAUUUGCCCAUACAUGAAGCAGUAAUAAACAACAAUAUUUCGAUGGUAAAGCAACAAUGUGUAACUUUGAGGAUCAGAAGACAGUCCGUCAACUUGAAAAACCACAGUGGCUGUACUUCCCUUCAACUGGCCAUCAUUCACAAUGCCGACAUACAAAUAGUUGAAAUGCUGUUAAAUGCAGGUGCCAACAUUAGAGAAACAGACGAAGAAGGCAACAAUAUUUUCCAUUUAUUGGCCCAAUUCGAACGACUAAACAUGUUGCAAAUUGUAUUGAAACAUUGCAAACUUUAUAAUUUGUUAGACUGCGCUGAUAGGUAUAACUAUAACGGACUUACACCUCUAAUGAUCUGCUGCAUGUCGAGUUGGACCCUCGGAGCCAGACAUUUCAUCAAAGCCGGAGUAAAAGUGAACUUGCAAGAUCAGUCUUCUGGGAGAACUGCCCUGUUCCACGCUUCAGAAAUUCAAAAUUCUGAAUUAGUAAAAAUUCUCUUAGAAGCUAGGGCGGAUCCGAAAAUUAAAAACUUCUUUGGUACAAGUCCACACGACGCCAUGUACGAACUAGACGACAUUGACGAGGGCAUUAAAGGUUUAAUAUUUGGCAAAACUAAAAAACGGAGUCACGAUGCAGAAUUGAACCCAUCAAGGACCGCAAGAGCUGUCAAAGGUCUGCAUACCUUUUCAAAGCUACAGAAACUCGAUACCCAAACGAUUAAUGUGGAGACUGUAUCGGCUAAGGCCGACGCUAAAGCCAAGCAUAAGAUAAUACAGCACGCCAUGAAGCAUCAUAUAAAAAGGAUGUAGGGUAGGCCUAAAUUGAACUGAUUAUGCAAAUUACCAUCUAUAAUUCACAUUAAUCAUCGGAAUGAGUAUUAAGUCUCAAGGAGGAAGGAUCAUGAUUUCCCUUAGGAUACAGAAAAAAAAAACAGAAAUGAUUUAGGGUGAAUAUCAUCCAAAUAGAUUUUUAUGAGGCGAGUAACAUGAAAAACCACCAACGAAGAGUCUCUUUUUUUGCUUUUUUUAUGCAUUGUGUUAUUAUUGAGAAAUCACCAUAGUGGCAAUUUGGAUAACACUGUUUGCGACUUUUGACUUAGUGUUAAGGAUUAACUUGAAUAUUUAUUUUAUUAAACAAUGGUAUUUCUUAUUAUAUUCAAAAUUUAUUAUGUACAUACGUUUAUUGUUAAAGUAAGAUCCAAUAUUAAUGUUAAGUACCGUUCUAGAAUUUAUUUUAUUAUUUGCUACCAAUUUUUAGGUUUAUCAAAAGUGAAUGACUUUUGGUAUCCCUUUUUCCAGGUGCUAAAUCCCGCAACAAUCUGAAUUAUUUAUUCGUUACGUCAUUUUUGUUUAGGUAAUUAUUUUUAAUGCAAUGGCACCCAAUAUAACCAAAAUCAUCAGUUUAUUUGUGAUUCACCAAAUAAAAACCUAUGCUCUGGUAAUUUUAUACAGACCAGACCAAUCUACUAGACAUAUAGGGAUUAAGAAAACGAAUUAGCUUAUUUGCCAACAAAAUGCAGUUAAACAAGUAUCAGUCAACUGGUCUCAUUGAAGCCUAUGUGUCUAGUAGCCUGGUUUGGAAAUCAUCUAAUGCAAAUGCAAUUUAUGAAGACUUUUUAAAACUUUUAUUUGUGAUUUUGGUUAUUAUUGGGGUCAAUCUCAUAGGUAAGGCCUAAGCUUAUAUAUUCUUAGGUCUAUAAAGUGUACAGUGGACUUUUCAAACGGUUAAUAUAGAUAAGUAUAAAUUCAAUUUGUAUAUAAUAUGCAUAGGAAAAUCUGUAACUUUUUCUCAUGAUUAUAUUUUCUUUGAUAACGUUAUGUGUAGUAUACAGGGUGAUCGUUUUAUAUUUUUGGAUCCUUAUAUAGAUAAGCGGUGUAAAUACAAAAGAUGUAAGGAUUUUUAUUUUUAGGGACAAAACAACAGAAUAUGCCAAAGUUGGACUUUUUCAAAUAAAAUAUCCCGAUUAAUUUGAGUGAGGGUCAAAAUAUCUAUGAUCACCCUAUACAUAAUUGGUUUUUAUUGUUUAAACUGCAUGCAGUGCGAGUUUUGAUCUCGUAUUGAUUUGUGUCUUGGUAAUUAUUGGCAAAUACCAAAUCCUCGCUAGGCUGAUGAAAAUUAGAAAUCAGAUGCGACUUUGCAAGUUAUUGUAAUUUACUUAAAAACAAAAAAUAUUAUUUUUUAAAAAUUUUUUGCUCUAAGUGCAAAUUUAUUUAUGUAUUAUACCUUUUCAUUAUCACAAUUUUAAUUUCUUCAAUUAUUCGGAAUCUACUUUUAAUUUGUUUCAACUUUUUAUGUCUACAAUUUAUUUGAAUAGGUAUAUAGGUUUUUUUUUUUUUUUUAAUGGUAUAAGUAGUAUUCUGUACAUACAUUUCAGAUAUUAAAUUCUAUGAAGACAAUUUUAAGAAACUUGCCCUAUAAUUUUUUUGACUUGUAUUUAUUUAAUUACCAUUGUUUAAAAGUUUAUUUAUCUUUAAAUUUUCCAAAAGCUUAUUUGAUGUUUUCAGUUAUAUUACGAUUACGAUUGAUAAGUUAAUAUAAAUCAA